GGAAUGACAGAUUAGUGACUCUCUCUCUCUCUCUCUCACUCUUCCUCUCUCUCUCCAGCUUCAUCCCCUUCCCUCUACUCUGUUGCUGGAGAACAACCUGCGGCGUUGCAUCGGCUGGGUGUUGCUGUCGCAUCGGGAGUUUUUGUCAUUUUUUUCUUAAAUUUUCCUCAGGUGCGCUCUCCUCUUGCGCGCUCCUGGUCGCGGAGGAACCGGGGAUCUGAUCAUGGGGCCAUCAUCACUAUCACCUUCAGCAGUACCAACACUACACUUUACUGUCUUGUCCGCAGCGCCGGAUCACGAGGAGAGCGCACUAAAAUAAAACUCUGCGGCUUUCUCGUCGAUUUUCAUUCCGGAAACUGUUCUUUAAAAAAUACUCUUUAUCGCAAAGCUUGUGGAAUGGAGACCCCAACUUUCUUGCUGUCGAGCCUCGCUCUGCUCUUUGUCGGAGGGGAUAUUUUCACCAGGGCCAUGCUGAGUGACAUUGGGGACUAUGUAGGCACAGACAUUAAAAUAUCCUGGUUACCUAAUCUGGAUGAUUUAAUGAAGGGCUAUGCCAGAAAUUUUCGCCCUGGAAUAGGAGGUCCACCAGUCAAUGUGGCUAUGGCUAUUGAAGUGAACAGCAUUGACCACAUCUCUGAAGCCAACAUGGAAUACACCAUGACUGUGUUCCUGCGGCAGAGCUGGCAUGAUGACCGCCUGUCCUACAAUCACACCAACAAGACGCUAGGGUUGGACAGUCGCUUUGUGGACAAGCUGUGGGUUCCCGACACCUUCAUUGUAAAUGCCAAAUACGCUUGGUUCCAUGAUGUGACUGUGGAAAACAAGCUGAUCCGCCUGCAGCCCAACGGAGUCAUUCUAUACAGCAGCCGAAUCACAUCAACAGUGGCAUGUGACAUGGACCUCACCAAGUAUCCCAUGGAUGAACAGGAGUGUAUGCUGGACCUAGAAAGUUAUGGUUACUCUUCAGAAGACAUUGUGUAUCAUUGGUCAGAAAGUCAGAAACACAUUCAUGGCCUAGACAAACUGGAGCUCUCCCAGUUCACCAUCACAGACUAUCGGUUUGUCACCGAGAUGAUGAACUUCAAAUCUGCAGGACGAUUUCCAAGGCUGAGCCUUCGCUUCCAGUUGAGACGCAAUCGAGGCGUCUACAUCAUCCAGUCAUACAUGCCUUCAAUAUUACUAGUUGCCAUGUCCUGGGUGUCCUUUUGGAUCAGUCAGUCAGCAGUCCCUGCUCGUGUAACCCUAGGGAUCACAACUGUUCUCACCAUGACCACACUGAUGGUGAGCGCCCGCUCCUCCCUGCCACGAGCAUCAGCCAUCAAGGCACUAGACGUGUACUUCUGGAUCUGUUAUGUGUUUGUGUUUGCAGCGCUCAUUGAGUACGCCUUCGCCCACUACAACGCUGACUACCGACUCAAAGAGAAGGCCAAGAUGAAGGCCAACAAGCUCACCUCAGAGUCCAUUGUAAAGAACGGCAAACAGGCUAUGGUUCUGUUUUCACUGUCGGUUACCGGCAUGAACCAGGGCGUGAUGAUUUCCAGCCGCCAAGGCCGGACUCAAUGCUCUAGCAGCGAGAUCCCUGGAGGAGGGGGCACCAAGGAGGCCAAGCCGAGGAGGAGAAGGUCCAGGCAGGCGGAGGAAACCAAGGACGAGACGAAGUGUUGUUCCAAGUGCGUCUGCAAGCCCAUCGAUGCCGACACCAUCGAUAUCUAUGCCAGGGCUGUGUUCCCUUUCAGUUUUGCUGUGGUGAAUGUGAUCUACUGGGUGGCGUACACCAUGUGAGGAGUAGGCAGAAGGUCUGUGCGAAUGGCUGCCAUCCAGUGCUGCAUAUAAGAACCUGCUGGAGCUGUGCCCUUUCAGUGCUGGCAAACUGGUGCAGCUGAAAUAUACUGUAAGCCUCAGUGAAAAAGCUUGAGAAGAAAUGAAGCACUGAUGACUGCAGAAUAUGCAAAUAUGGUAAUUCAUGAAGUAGUUAUGAGUUUAAGUGUUAAUAGGAAUUCACAUCUUUCAACACAAAUACAGAAAUGUGUUACAUAAAUGCAAAGGACUGUGUUGCCUGUGGAAGAGUCACAUACUCAGUGAAUGCAGUUUCACCAACAUUCCAGAUUUCCACAUCAUGCUACAAACUAACUCAACACAGGGCAGUACAAGAAAUCAUCUUAGUUGAUCACCUGCAGCACUGACCAUAAGCUCACUUACUUCAAAUAUGUAAAUUAAGCAUAGUUAUCUCAACUAACUCAAAGCCACAAUCUCCAGUGAACCGCCUGUAAUCUUGAAAGGCAAUGUGCUGCCCAAACAAGAAAAACAGGAGGUGUACUACUAUUCUGCAUGACUGAUAACUCACCCCCCCCUCUGUCUUUUUCUUCUUUGGUCCUCCACCCAUUUUUUUUUUUUCAAUUCAUUUUUGUUUAGGGCACCGUCUGGAGUGUCUUAUCUCCUUCUGCCAGUUCUGUCUGUUUCCUCACCAUUAAAAGAUUUCCUCUA